CCCCCCCCUCCUCCACCGCGCAUUUCCCUUCCCCGCUCGCCUCCCUUCCCAUGACAUACACGCGCCUGCCUGGGCAACGGGCGCAGCGCCCGGCCUGCCUGCUGGUCCUGGCCCUGCUCUUGGCCCUUCUGUCGCUGGCGCACCUGCCCGGGCCGGCCGCCGCUGGCGCCGCCACCGAAACCACCGAGGUGGUGUUCCUCCGGCCAAACACCGAUCCCGCCUCGCGGCGAGCCUUCUCCGGCAAGCUCCUUCGCGAGGACAUGUGCGGCCCGAUCACGGCCGCGGCCCACGUCCGCGCCACGCCGGUACCCGGGCCGGCCGGCCCCACCGCGGCCCCCGCCCGGCCGGCCAUUGUGACCCCUGUCCGGCGCGACGGGAGCUUCGUCUUCGACUCGCUCGAUCGCCAGGCCGCAUACAUUCUCGAGGUCCAGGGGGCCGGGUGCCUGUACCCCCCCUGGCGGGUGUUCCCCGAUGCGCAGGCCCUGGACGCGGCGCCGAUGGUGGUGCAGCUCCGGCCGACCGGGCUCUUCCGGCCCUUCCGUGCGCGCACCUCCUCCUGGACCCUGUACGGGAUUGCCACGCACCCGCUCAUGCUGUCCCUGGGCCUGCCCCUGGGCAUGAUGUGGCUCAGCUCGCUCAUCUUCAACUCCAUGGAUGUGGAGGAGAUGCGCCAGGCCCAGGCCGAAAUGGCCAGCCUGGUGCGCGGGUCCCUCGGGGGCGGCGGGACUGGCACGCCGCCGACGCCGGCCAUCGGCCCGGCCGACGCCGGCCCCCGCCCCCCGGCCGUCCUGUCCCAGGGCCCGGCGGUCGGCCUGUCCGCCCCCCGGCGCCGUGCCGGGCAUUGAGCCGGCGCCGGCCAUCCAAUGGAAAUGCCCUCCUCCCCGCCGUGGGUCGUUGUGUUGCCGGCCAUUGUUUGGCCUCCUGCCUUCGGGAAGCGCGUCACCACCGGGCGCUUGCAUGCGGCUGCCUGUGUGGCCCCGUGCAUGGCCCGGCUGCCUGUGUGGCCCCGUGCAUGGCCCGGCUGCCUGUGUGGACCCGUGCAUGGCCCGGCUUCCUCGCGCCAGUGCACACCCACCCGCCCACCCACACACACACACACACA